AUGGCCGGCAUGCUUUCAGCUCCGCGCAAUGCGGGUACCCUAUUCCUCGGAGGUCAGAAAAUCAGCGGCUCGGACAUUCGAGAGCAAAAUGUCCUCGCAACCCAGGCCAUCGCAAAUGUGGUGAAAUCCUCCUUCGGUCCUUCUGGUCUGGAUAAGAUGAUGGUGGACGAUAUCGGAGAUGUUACAGUGACAAACGAUGGCGCUACGAUUUUGAGUCUGCUCGACGUCGAGCAUCCGGCCGGAAAGAUUUUGGUCGAUCUUGCGCAUCAACAGGACAAGGAAGUCGGAGAUGGCACUACAUCCGUUGUACUCAUUGCCGCAGAGCUACUACGCCGGGGGAACGAACUGAUGAAGAACCGGAUCCAUCCGACGGUCAUAAUCACGGGUUACCGUCUGGCUCUACGGGAGGCUGUCAAAUACAUGCAGGAAAACAUCAGCACAAAAGUGGAAACUCUGGGGAGGGAAAGCCUGGUGAACAUUGCAAAGACUUCUAUGUCUAGCAAGAUUAUUGGUUCAGAUGCAGAUUUCUUUGCCAAUAUGGUGGUCGAUGCCAUGCAGUCCGUCAAGUCCGUCAACUCUCAACGAAAUGAGGUGAAAUACCCUGUCAAGGCUGUCAAUAUUCUAAAAGCACACGGAAAGAGCGCCCUGGAGUCAAUACUGGUCAAGGGAUAUGCGUUGAACUGUACAGUUGCAUCACAAGCCAUGAAGACAAGAAUCACGGACGCAAAGAUUGCUUGCCUCGACAUCAACUUGCAAAAGGAACGCAUGAAGCUUGGUGUGCAGAUCACGGUCGAGGACCCGGACCAGCUGGAGAAGAUCCGGGAAAGAGAAGCUGGAAUUGUGUUGGAUCGAAUUGAAAUGAUCUUCAAGUCUGGAGCGAACGUUGUCUUGACCACCAAAGGCAUCGAUGAUCUUGUUCUCAAGUUGUUCGUGGAGCGAGGUUGCAUGGGCGUGCGGAGAUGCAAGAAGGAAGACCUUCGACGGAUAGCAAAAGCCACUGGCGCGACCUUGAUCAGCACACUCUCCGACAUGAACGGAGACGAGAAAUUCGAGAAGGAAUUCCUUGGUCACGCCGACGAAGUGGUGCAGGAACGGAUAUCCGACGACGAAUGCAUUCUGAUCAAGGGGACGAAAGCCUUCUCCUCCGCCUCCAUCAUUCUCCGAGGAUCAAACGACUAUCAACUCGACGAGAUGGAGCGGUCAGUACACGAUUCAUUGUCAGCAGUCAAGCGAACCCUCGAGUCAGGCAGCAUCGUUCCCGGAGGUGGUGCGGUUGAGACGGCGUUGCACAUUUACCUCGAGGAGUUCGCCAUGACGGUAUCGUCCCGAGAACAGCUUGCAAUUGGAGAGUUUUCGCAGUCUCUACUUAUUGUUCCAAAAACGCUCGCGGUCAAUGCGGCCAAAGAUGCAUCGGAGUUGGUGGCGCAGCUGCGCGUUCGGCAUGCUCUGAGCCAGCGGGUCCAGGAAGGAGAUGCCAACGAGAGAGAGAAGGACCUCGCGAAGAAGAAACAAUACAAAAACUAUGGUCUUGAUCUGACCAGAGGCAAAGUUGCGGACGUGGUCAAGCUGGGCGUGUUGGAGCCGAGCAUGAGCAAGGUCAAACAGCUCAAGAGUGCCGUUGAGGCCUGCAUCGCCAUUAUGAGAAUAGACACUCUGAUCAAGCUGGACCCGCCCGAGCAACGAGAAGAUGACGGCCAUGGACAUUGA